UCUGCGGUCGGAGUGAGUCGGGUCAUGCGUCCUGCUCUGGCUGACUCCUGCGCCAUGCCCGGUGACCCCGGUCCUGCGGCUGGGUGUGGGCGUUCGCUUUUGCUGCAGCGCAGCCGGUAGUGUUCCCUCACAUCUCGAGACCCGCAUCGUCCUUCCCUCUCCUCCUCCUUUCUCCUCGUCAGCCACCAAUCCGCCUCCUCGUAGCUCCGUUUACUCCACCGAUUUCUCUCCUGCUGCCGGCCUCCCAGCCCCCCACCUCACAACGGCAUUUCCUGAGGAGCAGCGCGAGCGAGGCCAAUAGGCGGACGGAGCGGAUCGUGGGCACGCUGGAUCGUCAUCUGAUUUGGCACCUUUUGGAUCCGCGCCGCUGCGUGCGAUGGUUCUAAAUCAGUGCAGGUCGUCGCCGCGGGAUAGUAGGGCCGGCGGAUUCUUCGCAUCUGGGGCUGGCGGGCAGGGGAGGGUCAGGAGGCUGGCAUGACUUGCUAACGAGCAGAGAGGUCGGCGGCGCUCUCGCUUUGACCGCUUUGCUCUCUUUCUCCUCCUCGCUGUGUUGCGCGCGUGCUCUCUCUCUCUCUCUCUCUCUCUCUCUCUCUCUCUCUCUCUCUCUCUCUCUCUCUCUCUCUCUCUCUCUCUCUCUCUCUUCUUCGAUUGGAUUGCCUCUCCUUCACCGGUGGUGUGCUCUCGUCGGCUGCAAUUGCGUCCAUACUCUGGACGAGACUGCUGGUUGAUUAUCUUGCCAUCCUCUCCUGCGUCCACUGUCUCGCCGUUCUGCCUUCGGCGAUUAAUUGAGGUCGGGUAACUGGACUGUUCUUUUGCUUGUCUGUGGAUGACUAUUCUUUUACCUCUGUGCACCAUCCACGUCAUGCGUGUGCUCUGACUACUUCAUCUCCGUUUAUUUAGCUGGUUCUAGGAUCUCCUUUGUUGCUGCAUCUUGGUCUCCUGCUUUGCUGUAACUAUGUUCUGCUGCUUGAGGAUGGAGCAGCAGGCAUAGAUGAAAUCUACAGCCAAUUUCUAUUGGUUGCGGCAUCUUCCGCAUAGUAACUCUACAAAACAGCCUGCCAGCAUUGAUUCUUGCAAUAAAAAACAUAAGUCUGGCAUCAUUCAUAAAAAGCUUAUAGACUUAGAUAAUUUCUUAAUCCUGCACUGGUUCUCACCAGUGAGAUUGUAGAUGUGGUAUAUUGAGAAUACCAAUGUAAUUCACUGGUCCAAAAGCUCCAUUUCUUAAUGUGUUUUUUGCAGAAUGCUGCCAGUAAUGUUUUUCUUUUGCUCAGUCUAUCUCACUACAGAAAAUGUACAACAUGUCUGACAAACAUAUUUAUUAGUAGAUAUGAUUUUGGAUCUGAACUUUUCCCAGUCUGCAGCUCACAUUGUGGUAUGGUCAUAGUACAACAAAAGGAAAGGAUGUUUAAACUUUUUUUGGGCGUCAUACAUGAAAAGUAUCUUUAUUUCCAUCGAGCUUAAUUACUAAGAAAUUGUUACCACUAUUAAUAAACCUACAUGUUCUGAAAGUUCGGUCUCUUGCUCUCUUUGCUUAUGAAUCGGACACUUUCCCUUUCUUUAGUCCUUCCACGGUUCCACCUCACUUUGACUUCAUCCUUUGAUGGUGUUUGUAGGUAUGUAAGAGUGGUCAUAAUGUUACUUAAAGGAGGCCUCAACUUGCACCAAAUACAUGGGCAUGUGCAACAGCAACUUAUGUAGGCAAUCAGGUGUUGCUCCCAUUGAUUAAGGAGAGUGUUCAGUACAUUAAAAUCCAGUACAGGAAAAGAACCGGGCUUUACCCCUUUCCAUUGCAAAGAACGGAAAUACAACCAGUUCAAGCGAGAAAGACAGGAGGAGGGAAAGAGGUAUAGCGAGUUCUAGCACUACCAGGAAACCCACCAUACUCGCUCGCCGUCGAAACGAGUAUCAUGGGGCGAAAACCUGGAUAGCACGACAUAACAUCUAGCCUAUUACAUUCUCAAAAGAUCAGACUAAGUAUCAAAACACAGCCGCGUGCCAAGCAGACAGAAAGCAAUCUUCUCCGGGAAGAAGCAGCAUCGAAAUCGCGCGCCCGACAACUCUUCAUCCAGCGCAACUCCAGAAACAUCAAGCACCUUGGAUUGGUUGCUUGACAGAACCACACAUCUUCAUCAGCUGCAUUGUGCCAGCCCUGAUCAUCUCAGCUCCAGUGCGCAGCUCCUUGGCGUCCUCUCCUUGCUGCAGCCCUGUCCAGUAAAGUAGAAAAGAGCAUAGAGAAAACACAAUCUCAAAAGGAGUCUUGAUUUGUUUCUUUUCAAAAGUAGCUCGAUUGCGUGCCAGCCAAAUGGCCCAACAUGUGGCCGCUAAGCCCAUUGUAUAAAACUUUUGCUUCCCAGGAAGAAAUUUGUGGCACCACACGAAGUAUUGCCAGUAAUUCGACAGGCAUCUAUCAGUGCCAAGAACUACUCCAAUAGAUCACCAGACAAUUCUGGCCACGGGACAAGUAAAGAACAGGUGUUGCACCGUUUCCACUUGUUUGCAGAAAGAGCAACAGGGAUUCCCUGGCCAUUUCCUCUUGCUCAUCACUUGCCUAGUAAGAACUGCGUCCUGUGACAUUUGCCAUAGGAAGAUUUUGAUUUUUAGAGGGAUCUUGGCUUUCCAAAUCCAUCUAUAAUGGCACCCACUUAGAGGUUUCUCCAACAUCUUAUAAACUGACUUAGUGGUGAACUUGCCAUUCUGAUUUAGUCCCCAAAAGACACGAUCACUCCUCUCAUCAAGGGGAAUUCUUUUAACUAUAGCACGCAUAUCUACCCACUGUUUGAACAGCUCAGGGGUAAGCCUGCGUCUGAAUAUAGAGGUGUCAUCAAGUUCAUCUCUUUUGUCCAGGGUGCUCGUUGGAUAAUUGCAGAUCUCAAAUAAGUGCGGAUAUUGAUCCUGAAAUGGGAUCAGCCCAUUUAUUGGAUCUUUCCAUAGUCUAAUCAAGUUCCCAGCACCAGUCUCAAUCUUUCUGCCCAUCAUAUAGAUGUUUUUAAUCUUAAGCAAGGCUUUCCAACAGGGCGAGUCAGAGAAUUUGGGAGAAACUUCCGCAACAGACUUGUUGCGAAGAUACCUGGCCCGGACUAUAUCCUGCCACAGUCCAUUUUGUGUCUCUAACUUCCACCACCAUUUAACCAUGAGACUAAUAUUUUGCUUACGAAGAUCUUUUAUACCUAAACCCCCUUUGUCUUUGGAUCUACAUAUCUUGCUCCACUUAACAAGAUAGUAUCUCCUUUUUUUGUUGCAGCCUUGCCAAAAGAACUUGCGUCUGUGUUUAUCUAGCCUCUCAAUGAAAGUUUUAUUCAUGAGCCACAUAGACAUGUGAUAGAGAGAGAUCUGUGUGACGACAGAAUCAAGUAGAGUGUGUCUCCCCCCCCCCCCCCCAUUGAGGCAGCGUUGCCAAUCCAGGCCUCGAACCUCUUCAGGUAUUUACUAACAAUAAACUCCCAAUCGGACGUUCUUAGAUUAGCGUAGCUCACAGGCAUCCCCAAGUAUUUGAGUGGGAAACUGCCAACCUCACAAUUAAAGAUUUCUGCAUAUUUAUUCACCACACUUUCAUCUCCACCCACAGUGAGAAUCUCACUUUUCUGAAAGUUAACUUUCAGACCAGACAUCAUCUCAAACAUAUACAGCAGCAACUUCAGGUUGACUGCCUUAUCAAUAUCAUCUUCAAUGCAAAUGAUUGUAUCAUCCGCAUAUUGCAGGACCGCCACCCCAUCAGGAAUAAGGUCGGCAGCCAAGCCCACAAUAAGUUUGUUUUUUGGGCAUUUUUGAUCAUUUUGGUGAGGCAUUCAACGGCUAGAUUGAAUAGGAAAGGAGAGUGUGGGUCCCCCUGCCUCACCCCUUUUUUGCUUUGAAAAUGCGGCCCAACACUACCAUUAAGCUUGAUGCUAACUGUCCCAUUAUGCAGUAUCUGUUCAAUCCAUCUGCACCAAGUAUCAUCAAAGCCCCGCAUCUUGUGGCAUUCUAGGAGAAAGUCCCAAUUCACCUUAUCAUAGGCUUUUUCAAAGUCCAACUUAAGGACAAUCCCCACUUUUUUCUUAACAUAAGUGUAGUUAAGAAUUUCAUGGAGGGACAAAACUCCGUCCAUGAUAUUUCUUCCUUUUACAAAGGCGUUCUGAGUAGGGCUAAUGAGUUUGUUUGCAUAUAUAGCAACUCUUCGGUCGAGGACUUUGGUAAUCAGCUUAUAUGGGCAUCUCAGCAAGCAAAUAGGCCUGUACUGCUGGAUUUUCUCGGCUCCAGAAACUUUGGGAGCAGAGUAAUAACUCCAUAAUUAAGCCUCUGGACAUCCAACGUCCCUUGAUGAAAAGCUUUAAAAAGGGCCAUAAUGUCGUCUUUAACGACAUCCCAGCACACCUGAUAGAACUCAGCAGGGAUAUUAUCGGGUCCAGGGGCUCUAUUAGGGGCCAUAUCAAAUAGCCUCUUUGACCUCCUGUUCUGUAAAUUCUCGGCAAAGAUCCUUAUUAUCUUUUUCAUCUAAUUUCUCCUCAGUCGACCAGGUUCCCGAAUCAAGAUGAAUCUGGUUACCAGGGGCUGGUCCGAACAGUUCUUUGUAAAAUUCAGUGGCAUGUGCAAUCAAAUUGUUCGUGCCUUCAAUCACUGUCUCUCCCGCUUUAAGUGAUUGGAUUGUAUUUUUACGUUUUCGUCCAUUAGCAAUUUUGUGAUAGUAGUCAGUAUUCAAGUCUCCUUUGAGAAGCCAGCGCUCAUGAGACUGUUGAAGCCAAAAGAUUUCCUCAUUCACUAGGAGCUCAUAGAGCUCAGCGUUGAUAUCCACUUUUCCACUAUAUAAGUCAGGAGGUAACAUAUCUUCUUCUUCCAGUUCCUCCAGCAUAGCUAGUUCCAUACGUAAGUCCUCUUUUCUCUUCUUAUCGUGACCAUACUUAUCUGAACCCCAACCUUUAAAAUAUGUUUUGAAUCUUCUCAACUUGAUAUUCAGGACAUCAAUAGGAUCUGAUGAAGCAACUUUCCUAGCCCAAAUUUUCCCCACAGUGGGUAGGAACUUGUCAUCAUUGAUCCAGGAUAGAUCAAAACGAAAUUCACGAGGUUUCGGGGCUUCGCGCCCUUCUUCCCCGGAGGACAACAGUAGUGGAUUAUGGUCAGAAAUCUCCCGAACUAAUUUCCUCACAGAGACCAGUGGGAAGAUAUCUUCCCAGCAUUCAGACAUAAGAAUUCGAUCUAGCUUCUCAAGAGUGGGAUGCGUCUGAUUGUUGGUCCAGGUAUAUUUACCCCCACUGAUAUGAAUCUCUCUAAGAGCUAGUGUAUUGAUAAUGGAGUUGAACAGGUCAGUGGCUUUGUUGUUCACCAUCUUCUUAUUCUUCUCCCCCGCAUGUCUUAGGAUAUUAAAGUCUCCCCCCACUAUGUAGGGCACGGUCAUGCCACUACAAAAGGAUGCCAGCUCAAUCAGGAAAUCAUUUUUGAACUCAUCAUGUGCCGAUCCAUAAACUACCAGCAAACCCCACUGUAUUUUUUUUUGUCAUACAGUACUAGUUGUAACACAUAUUUGCCCUUAGCACAGGAUACUAUAUCAAGAGUAUCUCUCCUCACACCACACAAAAUGCCCCCAGAUUUGCCAAUAGAAGGCACCCAGUUCCACUUGAACAUGUCAAAGGGGUCAAUUCUUCUCAAACACUUAGGUGUGAACUCUUUCUUCAUAGUUUCUUGCAGACCCAGGAAGUCAGGGGAAUGGUCACUAAUCAUGUCUGAGAGGCAGGUGGCCAUCCCUUUCUUGCCCACCCCUUGACAGUUCCAAAUGAGUCCUCUCAUUUGGAACGUUUUUUGUGGAAUUUGGCCCGAGUAACCCUACCAGGAGACGGGGCAGGGUUACCUAACAAAUCUUUCUCAGAAUUAUUUCUUUUCUAACUCCUAGUCACAGGCCUAGGAAUUUUGACAGCAGAUUUGCUAUGUUUUUUCUUCUUAGUUUUAACAGAAGAGAUAUGUUCAUAUAUAUGUUCUUCCUGGUCCAAUCAUUCUAAAUUCACAGGGGUGUUCCUACCCAAACCGUCUGUCAUAAUCAGGUUAUCUUGCACUUUUUCAGUGUUGUUAUCUUCCUUUUUAUCUUCUAAUUCUUUUCGGGCGUAUUCAAGCUCUCUAAUAAUGUCAACAACAGCGAAAUUAUCAUUGGGUAUGUCUACCCCUAUCUUAUUAGCUCUACUAAUCAACUCGUUGUCAGAAAGUACAUCAAAGGAAUUUUUGAAAGCAGGAGUAUUGUUACCUUCCAGAUUUUUCUUACUAGCCAGUUUCUUGGCCUUGUCCUCAACCUUGUCCUGCAUUCCAGAGGCGUUACGCUUGCUGAAUCUCAGUGGGGCUUCAGGCGCUAGUGGAGGGGUAAGAAUGAUCUCCUCAACGCUUUCAGAAGAUGGGAGUUGUACCAUAUAGCUGCAUGAAGUCUUUAGCCCAGGGUCCACCUCACCAGUUACCUCCACAAUCUGAGAAGGGUUAGUAGCAGUUUGACAGGCCGAAGCAAUUUUAUUAUGUAUGACUUUUUUCACCUGUAUAUCUUGAACAGUAGUCUCCAUGACAUCAGGAUUCCUAGGGACAAUCCAGUUAGAGGAAUCUACGUCAUCUUCUUUCAUUUUUUCCUCAAUUUCUCUCUGCAACGUUUCAAUAAGUAAAGAAUUAUCCCCAUCACUUUCAGUAGAAGGAGAUCCCUCCUUCUCAUCGUAUAGCAGGCGACAGGCCUUGCCACCACGAUAGGAACCCCCAAUGUUGCCACGUCCAGCUGACUCAGGCUGCGGCAUCCCUUUCUCUUGUUCAGUACGUUUCCUCUUAGGGGUCUGAUCUGGCUUGGUCCUUUCAUCAGGAAUAGGAUCGACAGUUUCUGCAUUCACAGGAUUUUUAACCAAAACCUCCUCAACUUCAUAAGUGAACCUGUAGAAACGUCCUGCAAGCACCCCUUCAGCAGUAGCAGGAAGUUGAGCUAUCGAUCUACAGCCAAUUUUAGCUCUGACAGAAGAGGGACGAUUUACAGUUGACAUAUCAACUUCCAGGGUAAUUCCAACUGACCCUCCCACUUAAGCAACAGUUUUAUCACAUCUCUUGUUAGGUGGAAUUUUCCCAAUCCUAACCCAGGCAAUCUCUAACAGUCCCUCAGAAUCAAUAUCCUCAGACCAGGGAGAGAACUUGACACUAACCCCACAAUUUUUCAGCUUAAUAUUUUCAACAAAAAGAGCUCUGUCAACCUCUCUAGGAUUCGUCAUUCUCAUGACAAACUUCUGUGGAGCAAAAAAAUCUAGCACCAACAUACACACUUAGCUCAUGCUCAAUAUCUUUGGUCUGAGCAGAGCCAUCAGUAAUGGUGACAACAAUAUUGAAAACGUUUUCCCUGCUCUGCCUAUCCACGCUGUAGUCAGGAAUGUAAAAGAAACCCUGACCCUUAGUUUGAAAUGCACACAUCACAGGUGUGUGAUCCCAAGGGAAGAACUCAUUGCAGACAAUGGAUAGGUGACCUCUUUUCUUACAUCUCUCACAGAAAGCUUGAGGGCAUCUAACAGUAAAAUGCCCAGGUAGAUGGCAGUUCUGACAAGCAUCACAAGGGGGAGCGAUAAUACCAGAGGAGGAGUACUUGCGGUUCACAGCAGAGACGUUGUUCUUGUUGAAGACGCGGUGAGCCUUGUCGCUUCCGCUGUCUCCACCACGCAUCUCUUGACGGUGGGGAGGAGCUGCCUGCCGCCCCUCAGUCGCUGCCGGCUCUUGGGAGUCCUGCAGGUCACCGCCAUCCCCAUCCCAUCUGGAUUGCCGGGUCCGGUUCGCAUGCAGACCGCCGGCCGCCUCUUCCCACUUGUCGUUGGUAGUGGAAGAGCUCCCCAUCUCCGUCUUGCGCUUCCAGACGUGGGAGUCGAAGCCGCGGCCGCGGCAACGAUCGAAACGCCCAGCGCCGCGCCCCUUGCGGCCCGCACCGAAUCCAUCCCCUCUCAUCUCAACAGGCGGCUUCUCUUUGGAUCUAGCAGUAGGAUUCGCGAAAGAUCUAACAGGUGGCUUCUCUUUGAAUCCAGCAAGGGGGUUUGUGGGGGGUUGAGAUGCAACUACUUGAGCAAAGGAACGAAAGUCGCCAUGGAUUUUGCCAUCCCACCAGGCGAAGUUUGGAUGAACCCUAUAUCUGGCGAGAGGCGGCGCGCUCCAGAAGUGGGCGAGCCCCUCGUCGAGAUCCAAAAUGGGAGAAGGGGUGGCAACCGUAUGCUUUAUACCCGCGGCGCCCCCAGAAACCCUAGCUCCAUCGCUCUCAUGGCGGUUCGAUCUCCCCUCACCUACGUGUCGCGCAUCCGUCUCAUGGCGGACCGGUCCACGCCCAAGGACCCCGGGUCCAUCUGUCAUAUGUGGCGCUCGGCGGCGCACGUCCAGAUCCGCACGUACGCCCCCGUGUACCGUGCGCCCGUGUGUAAGGCCACGCGGCGGCGCAUCCUCGCCGGAAUUUCCGCCGUUCGCCGGAGAUCUGUCACAUACCCUAGCAAAGUGGCAAGGAAACGCGACAAUAUCCCCGAUGUCGAUCCACUCACCGGGCCGAAGGUAGCCUGCAUCCACCGUGUGCCCCCUUGUGUCGAGCAGCACGAUCCGGAGAGCCUCCCCGCGCAGCCAUAGCUCGCCGUCGUCGAACGUGAUGUGUCGCGCGGUCAUGAGGUCCGCCGCGAAACGAACCCUCCAGCGCACGUCGCUCAUGGCAUCCUUAACGGAGCCCUCCAGCCUUCACGUCGCUCAUGGCAUCUAUAGUUUUGCUUGCUCGGAACUUGCUGCAUUUGGAAGAAAUUCCGAGAUAGCUUGUUCUCCGCGGAACUUUGCAAGGCAUGGACGCUAUCCGUUCAACCGAUUAUCCCCCCCCCCCCCCCCCCCCCCCCCCCCCCAACAAAGUAGUGCACCCCUAUUAUCCUAACAUGAAUUUUAAAUCUGUGGAGAGCCGCAUGAUUGUUUAGUACUCCAAGAGAAUUAAAUGCGCCAUGGUAAUUCAAAUUUUGAUACAUGCUUUUGCAUACAUAAUGACGAUUAUGCUCCAUUAUAUCCAUUGAAGUAGUGGCAAACUCGUUACUGCAGCCUGUUAAAAAAAAGGGCAAUGAAUUCUUGGCUCAAGUGUAGGAUCAGGAAAAUGAGACUGACAGUAGGCAAGAUGAAUAUGUGUUGCUUCUGUUGGAACCAAAUCCUUAGCCAUGACAUGCAUCAUCAGUUUACUUACACUAUGAGAAAAAAAUAUUCACAGCUUUUGGCAUAAAAACAUGCAUAUGUUUCUCACCACGACUGAACUAAUGGGAAUGAUGAACUGAUAAACCCUUAAUAAAACAUGCAGUCGAUCCAGCAUACAACUUCAAAUCUGCAGGAGUUCCAGUCCAUGAAUUCAUUUCUACUGGAAAAACAUGUUUUGCAUCUCAUGUUUGCUGAUCAAAUAGACAUGUUAAAUCCGAAAGAAAUCAUCGAAUCCCUGAAUUCAAAUCGGAAGGAAGGACUUGCUCUGCCUCCCUAGAGAAUGGAUGACAAAGUUAACUACAAAUCAACUCACUGUAAGUCCAUUAUUAUAACCAUGGAGGAGUCAAGUUUAGCACUAUAAACUACAAUAUCAUGAUGGGAAAUGUUAGUAUCCACUUCUGAUUUCAAAAAAGGUAUGCAACAUGUGUAUUUUCCAUCAACAUCGACAUCGACAUCUGAAGGACCCUAGGAAAAUUACCUGACCGCAAACAUCAUGCUUCAAAUAUCAAAUCUUAGAGAAGAACAUUACCUGAUCAGAAUGCCUAUAUGUCCAUAAUUUAUGAGAAAGAAAAGAAACAAAAUUUACAGUAGCAAGGAUAGCUGCAAUGGUCAUGUUCAAGAAGUAGGAGGUUGCCGUUGUAGCAGCAGCAGAACCUUGGUACAAUAUAGACGAUGUUGUCGGUGUCGACCUGACCAUCCGUAAGAAAUGUCGCACUGCAUAGAUGUUCAAUAUUUAUUGUUUGCUAAUUAUUAAAUAAGCCAAAUCUGACCAAAUGUGUUGAUCUUCGAGGAGAAAAUUCAAGGACCCAAAUAUGCAAUGCUACACAACUAAAAAGAUUAACCUUAGAAUUGUGAUCUUACAAUGCAAAUAAGCAAUACCUGACAGCUGUCAAAAACGACAUCCUAGUUCUAAAAUUAGUAGCAGUGCUUUCCUUCUAAACCAACUGUGCCUAUUUAAAUCAGCCAUGACAAAGCUUAGGGUCCUAAACAACAUUAUCAAUCAUGGAGAAUCAGAAUCAAGAACAUUACCAUAGUACUGGAGUUCUCUUCCUCCCUUGAAAUUAACAAAAAGAGUAUAUAUUAAAAAAAUCCUUGGAUCUGAUACAUAGAGGGCAGUAUCAACGUACUUGCAGUUCUCACUCACAUUUCCAAACUACAUCAGAAAUUUCACAAGGCGCGUAGAGCUGUUCCAGUGAAAAAACAAACAAAAAGCUUCUAUGGGAGAUCACAAAAAGAGAAACAUUCAAGUAACAAUGAAUGACAGACUGAAAUGCAAAAGAAUGAAUUAGAAUCGUAAUUUACAGUCCCUAGCAACUGCAACAAACUGUAGUUCUGCAAGUAAGUACAUCUAUCCUCUUACAUAAAUAUACAUCUAUCCUAGAUAAAUAUUUUCCGAACCUAUCCCUUUUUCCCUGAAGCCAAGAAUCAAAACAGCAUUACGUAGGUCUUUCUAAACUGACACCAUACGUGUUAGCAAAGACAGGACUGUAUGUGAAAGCAUAUACCUAUAAGUUCUUAGCGGCAAGUAUUAUAUGUGAAAAUUGGAAUAAAUUCGGCUAUUGUGUUGAUUUUUUUUUUCAGAAAUUGAACUGUUAAAGGGAAAAAUAUCUCAUCUCUUGAUCUUUAAAGCCUUUUCCACUACGGUCAUGUUCAAUAAACAUUGAAUAUUUAACAUAACUUGUAUUCUAUCUCAAACAAGAAUUGAACAAUAGAUCUAUUACUCAUUCUUACAACAAAACUGACUGCCAUACAAAAUAACAGGCUACAGCAAAUCUUGUGACAGAAGCUAGAUAGUAGAAAUCUUACAUCUUUUUCAAGGCAAUGGCCGUUGUUGGCUUGGAGCUCCUGAACCUGUUGUCCGCAAGAGUCCACCUCAAAUAUCAGCCUCUUGUUAUCGUCACAGACUUACAGUAGUCGAUCUCCCCUGAAAUCCUCCUCAAGGGACAGAGUAUGUUUAGUUGAGAAAAGUGCGAUAAUAAGUAUUGGGCGAGUAUGUUUAGUUGCAGUAGAAAGAUCGAGCCUAGGAGCAUCUAUUUUGUGUGUCGUUGUGUAUUGCAGCUGUAUAAAAUUGACCAAUUCUGGGCCUGAGCUACAUAGCGGUCUUGUUGGCUGGCUGUGGCGCGCAGCUGGGACAUCGCUGGGAUAGCGAGAUUGCAGCAGCCUACAUCACGUGGAGACGGUGGAGGGGAGGUAUGGCGGCUGCGCGCCGAGGUAUGAACCGACGCCGGACGCCAUCACCGGAGCAAUCACACAGGCCGCCCCCUGCCAUCUGUCCUUAUCCUCCUUCCCUCCGCCCUCUCUCUCUCUCCUACGCCCCACUGCCCAUGCUCGUUUUCUUCUCCUUCCUUCCCAUCUCUCUCCCCUGCAUCUCGCUUUCUCUCAAUCCCUCUCUCUCGCUCGUCGCCUAUCUACAGGAGCUUGCCGCCGCCACCGGAUCCCGGCCCUACCGCUUACUGGAGAUCAUGCCGCCGCCGCCACCCGGUUCCCCCUGCCCCGUGCACUGUGGAGUGGGAGGGAGAGGGCAGCGAGCAGGGGAAUCUUCGAGCAGCAGCACACGGGAUCAGCGGCGCCUGGGGUCACCUGGUGGAGGCUCGAGGGUGGCUGGGGCGGCGGCGCUCAGGGUCCAGGGGAGUGCGGCGGGCGAUGCCCUUGGGACAGCGAUGGGGAAUUUCAGCAGCGGGCAAGAGUCCCGGCGGCACCAUGGUAGCAGGGGCGGUGGGAGCCGCCAACGGCCACGGCGUUGGUGGCGGCGCGCGGCGACGGGGGGAGAGGGGGGCGGCCGGCGGGAGGUGGCGAAGCGCUCGAGCCUGGAGGUCGAGAUGAUAUCGGGAGGCAGGGGAUUUUUUUUCUUUUAUCUCAAACCGGUUCGGUUAACUUUAGAUUUAGAUUAGGGAGAAAUUUAAAAAGACUGCGGGUUGUAUUACCCUAAAUCACAUGGACGUUUUUGAAAAAGCGCCGCGACGGUGAACCCGACAAAGUCAAUCCGUGCUUUAUUAUUAGGGAAAGAUGUGCCUAAUGUUUUUUUUCAGGUUUCUAAAAACUAAUAAAUGCUGCACUCAAAUCAGUUAGGAGGCUGAAGGUAGUAGCUUAGUGAACUCUCAUUUCCGGAAAAAUCUGGAGAUGUCUUGGUAUGGAGUUUCGUGAUCAACUUGCUCCAGCAUAGUUAGUCUUUGUAGAAUAAUUGUUUGUCAGUAACUAUUCUAUACAUGUGUUUGAUUGGUUGUGCAAACAUGCAUGCAUUGUUCUGUGGAAAUUGCUUUAUCCGGUCUGUUCUUUAGCAAUGUUUCCAGUUGUUAGAGUUAACCUUGUUGUAUAGGUGUUCAUCGUGUUUAUUUCGUCGCGUGAGUUGAGUCAUGCAUGUAGUCGUGUCCAUCCACUAGGUGCGGCAGUGUACUCACGUAAAGUUGAGAUCAUGUGUGUGCAGGCAAGCUAGUAUUGGGUCUGCUUAGUUAGAUGAGUUAGUCAAAUGCAUGGACGUGUUAGUUAGUGGCUGCAUGGAUAAGGUGUUAGCUAGCCCGGAGAGAUUCUAGGGUAGUUAGCCGGGUGUGGGUUACGUGGUGUUAGGGCAUCUCCAUUGUUGGGCGCUUAGGCCAGGCGCCAGGUUCGUAAUCCCGGCAGAUUAGCGGUUGCCGGGUGUAAUCUUGGUGUCAACCCUGGCAUCGACGCCAAACCAUGCACCCGGCGCUUGGUCAUUUUUCUUCCAGUACUUAGCGUCCAUGUCGUUUAGUUAAUUAGCGUCUAGCGUUGAGGGAUGAGGCGCUUAGGUGUGUUUCAGAUUUUUAUUUAUUUAUUAUUUUGUCUAUAAGCGCCUAUGUAAGCUCCUAGCAUUGUAGAUUCCCUUAGUUGCCGGACUUUCCGGCUAGUUAGUUGGGUGCGUGAGGCCAACUCCUUGUGUAUAUAAGUGUUGCAUUGAGUUAAUGAGAAAGAUUAAGGCCGUGAGGGCUGGGUAAAACAAUCUAGUGUAUGUGUGUCUUGCCGGGAGUAGAAAGCAAAGCUAGUCUCUCUCCACGGUGAGGUGUGUGUGUGUGAGUUUGAGUUUUUCUCACCGUGUGCGUUCGUGUGUUCUUGAGAGAAGAACGAAGCAACAGAGAAGAGAGAGUUGAGUUGUGUGAGAUAGAGGAAGAAGUUGAGCGGCGCUGCAACGCGAGGAUGCGGCGCCAACAAUUGGCAACAGAGCCUUGUUGAUCCGAGGCGACGGUGGCGGCGCGGUGGACUCCAUGUGAAGGGGACGUCGGCGGCGCAAGGUGGACGUCGUUGGCGGCGCGAUGCUGCUAGCGGCCGGUGCGUUUCUCCAUCAUCGUCGAGCUGUAUCACGAGCGAUGGAGAGAGGUGUGCUGCCCGGUAAGUUGCGACACCGGCGGCAAGCAGGUGAUGGCCAUGGAGCGGAGGCCAUUGCCACGAGGAGUUCCAUGUCCGAGUCGGCGACAAGGUGUGUCAUCGUCGGCAACAUGGAGGUGAGUCAACGGCGAGUUGCGUCACCGGCGACGAACAUGGAGGCGAGUCACCGGCGAGUUGCGUCACCGGCGACGAACAUGGAGGCGAGUCACCGGCGAGUUGCGGCACCGGCGACGAACAUGGAGGCGAGCCUGUUGUGGCGGCACGGUGAAGGCACGAGAGGUGUCCCUCUCAACGAGGCCAGCGGCGACGGCGACAAUCGGCAUGACAAGAUGACAUUGGCGGUCAUCUGCGUGUUGCAUCGACGACAUCGACGACCACAAGCUUCAAAAGAGGAAUAAGUGACAACAAGGUUAAGGGGGUGAUUGUUAGAAUUAAUCUUGUUGUAUAGGUGUUCUCGUGUUUAUUUCGUCGCGUGAGUUGAAUCAUGCAUGUAGUCGUGUCCAUCCACUAGGUGCGGCAGUGUACUCACGUAAAGUUGAGAUCAUGUGUGUGCACGCAAGCUAGUAUUGGGUCUGCUUAGUUAGAUGAGUUAGUCAAAUGCAUGGAUGUGUUAGUUAGUGGCUGCAUGGAUAAGUUGUUAGCUAGCCCGGAUAGAUUCUAGGGUAGUUAGCCGGGUGUGGGUUACGUGGUGUUAGUGGCCGGACUUUCCGGCUAGUUAGUGGGUGCGUGAGGCCAACUCCUUGUGUAUAUAAGUGUUACAUUGAGUUAAUGAGAAAGAUUAAGGCCGUGAGGGCUGGGCAAAACAA